CAGCCCAGGACCGCCCCGCCGCCAGGGGCCCAGUGCGAGGUCCCCGCCGGCCCCCAGCGGCCUCCGCGGCCCGGGGCGCUCCCAGACCAAACGAGGCCCCUGAGAGCUCCAUCUAGUUCACAGGAUAAAAUCCCACAGAACUCUGAGCCUGCAAUGGCUAAACCCCAGGUGGUUGUAGCUCCUGUAUUAAUGUCUAAGCUGUCCGCGAACGCCCCCGAAUUUUACCCAUCAGGUUAUUCUUCUAAUUAUACAGAAUCCUAUGAGGAUGGUUGUGAAGAUUAUCCCACCUUAUCAGAAUAUGUUCAGGAUUUUUUGAAUCAUCUUACAGAGCAGCCUGGCAGUUUUGAAACUGAAAUCGAACAGUUUGCAGAGACCCUAAAUGGCUGGGUUACAACAGAUGAUGCUUUGCAAGAGCUUGUGGAACUCAUCUAUCAACAGGCCACGUCUAUCCCAAAUUUCUCUUACAUGGGAGCUCGCCUGUGUAAUUACCUGUCCCAUCAUCUGACAAUUAGCCCACAGAGCGGCAACUUUCGCCAAUUGUUACUUCAAAGAUGUCGGACUGAAUAUGAAGUUAAGGAUCAAGCUGCAAAAGGGGAUGAAGUGACUCGGAAACGAUUUCAUGCAUUUGUACUCUUUCUGGGAGAACUUUAUCUUAACCUGGAGAUCAAGGGAACAAAUGGACAGGUUACAAGAGCCGAUAUUCUUCAAGUUGGUCUUCGAGAGUUGCUGAAUGCCCUCUUUUCUAAUCCAGUGGAUGACAACUUAAUUUGUGCAGUAAAAUUAUUGAAGUUGACAGGGUCAGUUUUGGAAGAUGCUUGGAAGGAAAAAGGAAAGACUGAUAUGGAAGAAAUUAUUCAGAGAAUUGAAAAUGUUGUCUUAGAUGCAAAUUGCAGCAGAGAUGUAAAACAGAUGCUCUUAAAGCUUGUAGAACUCCGGUCGAGUAACUGGGGUAGAGUCCAUGCAACUUCAACAUACAGAGAAGCAACUCCUGAAAAUGAUCCUAACUACUUUAUGAAUGAACCAACAUUUUAUACAUCUGAUGGUGUUCCUUUCACUGCAGCUGAUCCAGAUUACCAAGAGAAAUAUCAAGAAUUACUUGAAAGAGAGGACUUUUUUCCAGAUUAUGAAGAAAAUGGAACAGAUUUAUCAGGGGCUGGUGAUCCAUACUUGGAUGAUAUUGAUGAUGAGAUGGAUCCAGAGAUAGAAGAAGCUUAUGAAAAGUUUUGUUUGGAAUCAGAGCGUAAGCGAAAACAGUAAAGUUAAAUUUCAGUAUAUCAGAUUUUAUAAAACAGUUUAGGUAUGGUGAUUUAGCAGAACACAGGAAAGCAAGAAAAUAUGUCACACUUUUAACAAAUGAAGGAUGUUGAGUUUUGUUACUAAUGUAUGCAACUUUAAUUUUGUUUAACACUAUCUGCCAAAAUAAACUUUAUUCCCUAUAACUUAAAAUGUGUAUAUAUAUAUAAUAGUUUAUUAUGUACAGUUAAUUCCACUGUUUUGGCUGCAAUAAAAUCAAUUUUGAAAUAAAUGAAAUGUUGAAAGUGAA